AAAGAAGAGGCAGGACCGAGGCUCCACCUCUCCCCGACUGCCUUCCUCUGAGCUUUUUAGAUGUACAUAAUCCCUGAGUUGACCCAGAAAAUAGGCAGUCGUUUCAAGAUCUGAUGCGGCAGUCUUUUGUGCACACCGUCCCCCCUGCUUGAGCAUGAAGCGUAACCCUGUGGAAUACAUACUGUAAUUCAGAGGAGUUGUCUCUCUCUCUCUCUAUUUUCUUUUUUUUUUAUUUACCUUGCAGAGGAAAACUGUUUUUAAAAGACGGGACCGAGGCAAAGUCGCGCAACUUUGUGAAAACGUAGCGGAUACGGACAGGAGGCAUGGCAGACCAUCUGAUGAUGCCCAUGAAUCACAGCUCAGCGGGCGCCAGUCUCCACGGUUACAGGAUGGGCAUGAAUGGCGGCCUGCAGGCAGGUCACCAGCAGCAUACCAACCAGCAGGGCAUGAGGGCGCUGCCCAAUGGCCAGAUGAUGCACUAUGGUGGCGCCCAGGCCAACAUGGAGACAGCCAUGAGGCAGCGGCAGGGCAUGGUGGGCGGACCCAUGAAUGGACAGCUGAAUGGGGCCCAGAUGGGUCACCAUCAGAUGACCUCUGGUAACAUGAUGUAUAAUGGUCAGCCACAGCAGCAACAGCAUCACCCCCAGCAGCAGCAUCACAUGCACCCACAGCAGCACCAGCAACAAGCCCAGCACCCGCAACAGCAGCAGCAGCAACAACAGCAACAACAGCAACAACAACAGUUCAUGAAUGGAGGGUUAACAUCCCAGCAGCUCAUGGCCAGCAUGCAGCUGCAGAAACUCAACACCCAGUACCAUGGACACCCACUGGGGCCUAUGGGUGGGAACCACAUGGGGCCCACGACCCAGUACCGCAUGAACCCGGCCCAGCUGGCCAACAUGCAGCACAUGGCCGGGCCGGCCCUAGCCCUGAACGGCAUGGACGCUGAUAUGAUCGACGAGGAGGUCCUGACCUCGUUGGUCAUGGAGCUGGGGUUGGAUCGGGUCCAGGAGCUGCCAGAACUUUUCCUGGGCCAGAAUGAGUUUGACUUCAUCUCAGACUUUGUCAGCAAACAGCAGCCCAGCACUGUUAGCUGCUGAGAGGACCUGAUUUGCAAAAGGGGCACAAAUGGAGACAGAAGAGUGAGGAUUGUCCAGGAUGGAUGAAGGGUGCUCAUCUCUUCACUUUUUAUUUCGUGGGCACCUCCCUGUACAACUAAGCCAAGUUGCGGCGCAGGGUGCACAGAAGAGAACUCUGGAUAUCCACAGGGAACACGCAGUGCUCGAGUCUCACAUGUGCUAGUGGCCAGAGGGGUGGCUGGCUUUAAUGCCUGGUUCCACCUCUCCCAUUUCCUGGACAUGAAUGUAAUGCUGAAAUUCUCAAAAGCCACUCUGAACAAUGCUAUGACACUGUGUAGCCUCUAAGCCUGGACUCUGACAGUUUACCAGUAAAAAGGUGUAUUUAUUUAUCCCUAUCUGAGAAAACUGAUAUAAAGAACAACCACCAUCUCCAUUUUUUUUUUGGGAACCAAGUGGUUUUAAUGAUUUUUUUUCCCUGAGAGUAGGAUUGGAGAAGAAAAUUAAAUUCAAGUUCUCUGUUCAUGAUUUUUUUUCUCCAUUCUAUUUGGCCUAGUGUUAAAAAAAUAAGCUUUGAUGACAAGGUCACCCAAAAAGAGUUGGAUUUUCUAUCCCAAAAAUCAAACAGAAGUACAACGUCUCAUUUUUAAUGGGGUUAUCAUCCAGAUCUUUAAAAAAUGGUUCACUUUUGGUAAAGUGUUGCCUUUUUUUUUUAGACGUGAUGUUUUCAAAAGAACUUAACUGCUUGUACUGUAUGAAGCUGUAUAACUCCAACAUGUCCACACUGUUGUGUUCUAUUGGAGAUGUAGAACCGCCUUAAUCGCGCAGAUUCUUAUUUAUUGGUUGUUUAUAUUGUCCCUCUUUUUUUGUGGUCAAGAUGGGGGGAUGGUCUUUGUGAAAAGGGGUUUUGAGGAUCAAUAAAGAUGGCCUGGAUAGAAAUGUGGCCUGCUUUUC